UUCUUCCUUCAUGUUACUGUCAUUUGUCAUAUAAAAGAAUUCAGCGGUGGAGUUAAUUCAUUGAAAUUUACAAAUAAUUUCAAUUAAAAACCGCAAAAUGGAUAUCGAAACAAAUGCUAAUGAACUAGGAGAUAAAAAGUCAUAUGCAGGGAUACCCGAAGCAGAGUUUGUAGAAGAUGUAGAUGCUUACAUGCAAAGAUCCGAAAAUAAUAGCAAUGUAGACGAAGUUUUGAAAAGAUUAGAUAACCAACAUGCCAAGUAUAAAUAUAUGGAAUACAACCUUCUUUCAAAAAAGAAACGAUUAUUAAAUCAGGUGCCUGAACUGAAAAGGUCCCUCACGAUGAUUGAAAAGCUUGAAGAAGAGAAAGAGGAAUUCGAAACUCAGUUUCUUCUCAGUGAACAGGUAUUUGCUAAAGCUAAAGUUCCUCCUACAGACACUGUUUAUUUGUGGUUAGGUGCAAACGUUAUGCUGGAAUAUAGCUUAGAAGAUGCAAAGAAACUGCUGACACAGAACAUUUCAGCAGCUACAAGGAAUUUGGGAUAUGUUGAACAUGAUUUGGACUUCUUAAGAGACCAAUUUACUACAACUGAAGUUAAUAUGGCAAGAGUGUAUAACUGGGAUGUAAAACGACGUCAAGCUCUCAAAGCAGCAGCAGUAGCGAAAUAAAAGAUCUUUGCGAAUUGAAAUUCGAAGCCUUUACUUUUUAAUGAAAUGUUAAUAUUUUGAAAUACUAAUUAAACCGAACAUGAAUUUUGCAAAUUUCUAUAGAUAUAUCUUGUAUUUGAGGAGCAAAUUUGCCUCUUAAUCUCAAACCAUAGAAACCAAUGUAUUGAUGAAUAAUUGAGGUUGUAAAAGCCAAAGUCAUUAUUAUGUUGAAAAAUAAACAGGUUUUCUACAAGAGCAUUCAUAAAUUCCAGGGUAUAAAAAAUGUAUGUAUUAUAACUUUAACAUCAUCUUUCAGUUUUGAAAAUGAG